AUGGUCAGGCGUAUCAGCGCGUCCCACAUGUCCGAUCUUUCCAAUUUAGACGGGAAAGAUGGCCCAGGCUUUGCAUUGACUCUUCCAGGAUUCGAUCCCGCGUCUUUCGCCUCCUCCCUCCACAAUGCCGUCGAUCAUCAGAAGCAGCGCUUCGAUCGUCCCCCUUUCGCCGCUGUCGCUGCCGACUCGCUAAAAGCACCCGCGUCUGCAGCCCCAGAGAAAAAAGACGGAGGCGCUUCGUCAGCGGAAUCAGCGGCGGGAAAUGCGGUGAAGCCGACGCUCGCGCAGUACCUGCGAAAGCCCAUCGCGCUGUUCAGCUUCAUCCCGAAAGACGCGGCGCUGUUCUUCGCCGGCGCCGUCGCUGGCGGCACGGCCAAGACGGUGACGGCGCCGCUUGACCGUUGGAAGCUCAUGCUGCAGGUGCGCAGCGUGCAGGUGCCUCAAGACGUCGCCGCCAAGCCGGUCGGGCUGCUGGACUCGUUCCUGGCGAUUGGUCGUCAGGAGGGUGUGCUGGGCUACUGGAAGGGCAACUUGCCGCAGGUAGGGCGCCGUCUGGGUGGUCACUGGGGUCGUUUCCCUGUGGACAUGCAGUUGUUGUACGAACUUUUGGUUUCUACUGGAUUUCCCUACCGCACUGCAUUUAUUCAUCCCCCUACUGUCCCGUUUCGUCAGGUCAUCCGCAUCAUUCCCUACAGUGCAGUUCAGCUCUUCGCGUACGAAAUGUACAAGAAGGCAUUCCUGGGCAAGAACGGGGAGCUCUCGGUGCCUGCCAGGCUGGCAGCUGGCGCCUGUGCUGGCAUGACGUCAACACUGAUCACCUACCCCCUGGACGUGCUGCGUCUGCGUCUGGCAGUGGAUCCGGCGUCCAGGGGCAUGCGGUCAGUGGCCAUGGCAAUGAUCCGAGAGGAGGGCGUGCUGUCGUUCUACAAGGGCCUCGCGCCCUCCCUCAUCUCCAUCGCUCCUUACAUCGCUCUGAAUUUCUGCGCAUUUGACCUCAUCAAGCGCUCGAUCCCUGAGAAGUACCGCAAGACACCACAGGCGUCCUUUGUCACGGCUCUCUGCACAACCACGUUUGCAACGGUGAUGUGCUACCUGCUCGACACGGUGCGGUGCGGCUCGAUGGCAUGUCCUUCCUAUCUCAACCCACCCCCCUCCUCCCCCCACCGACACAGGAUCAAGCGCUCUAUCCCCGAAAAGUACCGCAAGACCCCACAAGCCUCGUUUGUCACUGCUCUCUGCGCAACCACCUUUGCAACGGUGAUGUGCUACCCGCUCGACACGGUGCGGCGGCAGAUGCAGAUGAAAGGGUCGCCCUUCACCUCGGUGUUUGAUGCCAUUCCCGGCAUCAUUGCGAGGGAUGGAGUGGUCGGGCUGUACCGGGGCUUCAUUGCCAAUGCCCUCAAGAACCUUCCUAACAGCAGGUGGGUGGGUGGCUGCUUGUGUGCUGCUGUUGACCUGUAA